AUGAUCUACCUCAUCUACUUCGUCGAAACACUACUCGCCGGCACAACAGCAGCGCUCGUACCAUACGUCACAUCCGCUUUCUCGAUGCACUCGCUCACGCCCACUGUCAGCAUUUUGAGCAACAUCGUCGGCGGAGUCACCAAUCUGACGAUAGCGAAGAUCAUCGAUGUCUUCGGGCGACCGCAUGGCUUCAUCCUCUGCGUGAUUCUCGGUACGAUGGGCUUGCUUUUGAUGACGUACAUCUUGUCGGUGUUCAUCGCGGAUACGACGAAGCUGGAAAACAGGGCGCUGAUGCAAGCGCUCAUGAACUCGACUGGCCUGCUCACAGGAUGGGUGGCUGGACCGUUAGCGCAAGGGUAUCUGAAUGGCCUGGGGUGGAGGUGGGCGUUUGGCAUGUUCGGCGCACUUGUUCUGCUUGUUACGCUGCCGCUGUUUGGGCUGUUGGUGUGGAAUUAUCGGAAGGCGAAGAGAAUGGGACUUGUGCGUGAGCGCAGCAACGGUCGUAGUAAUGCGCAGUCUGUGGUGCAUUAUGGCCGGGAGUUUGAUGCGAUCGGCUUGUGCUUGGUCUCGGUGGGCGUUACCCUUUUUCUGCUGCCGUUCAACCUUCACACGUUGGCGGGAAACGGUUGGGCAUCGCCGUUCAUGGCGGGCAUGUCCAUAUUUGGCGUCUUCCUCCUCGUCGCAUUCGCAUUGUGGGAAAGGUCUUUUGCGCCCAUCCGCCUUCUUCCAUACAGUUUGCUUCUCGAUCGAACCGUCUUCGGCGCAUGUCUCCUUUGCACAUGUCUCUUCGGCAGCUACGCCGUUUGGAACAGCUACUUCGGCUCAUACCUGCAAGUCGUGCAAGGUCUCAGCGUAGAGGAAACGAGCUACGUCGCGCAAGCCUAUACCGUGGUCAGCGUACUAUUCGCGGUCUUAGCUGGCUACAUCAUCCAUCGCACCGGCCGCUUUAAAAACGUUUCGCUCGUUAUUGGUAUCCCGCUCAGCAUGCUGGGUCAGGGUCUCAUGGUCCUUGUCCUCGCUCCGGGGAACACCGGCUAUAUCAUCGUGUGCUUCCUCCUCAUCUCCGUUUCACAAGGCGUCCUCGUCGUUACGGAUGAGAUCGCUAUCCUGGCCGCAGGGUCACACGAACAUGUUGCGGCGAUGCUCGCUCUCGUGAGCAUCUUCGGCAACAUCGGCGGGGCCAUCGGUUUGACUAUCGCUGCCUCAAUCUGGUCGGACGUGCUUCCAAGUCGACUUCGGCAAUACCUGUCCCCGGAAGAGUUGCCAAAUCUUCACGAUAUCUUCGGGGAUCUGGCGAAGCAGCUUUAUUAUCCAAUCGGCUCGCCCACGCGCAUCGCUAUUCAGCAUGCAUAUCAAGACGCGAUGUCUCGGCUUCUGCUCGUGAGUACGGGUAUUUGGGUCUUCGGCGCUGUUGGAGUGUUGAUGUGGCGGAAUAUCAACGUGAAGGAAGUUCAAGAGACCAAGGGCCAUGUUUGGUGA